CUUGUCAUUAUUGUGGUAAAGAAGAAAAGAAUAACAGGGAAAAUUAUUUUCACGCCUGUAUUUUUAUAGAAAAUUUAACAAAAUCCUAAAACUUUAAAUAAAAACCAUAUAAUAUUUAUAAAUAAAAAUGGUCAAUACAGUUUUUAACAAAUUUCUUUUAAUAGCCGGCUUUGCCAGUUUAGCACAUGCCGCCUAUUCGGCAGCUCAUUAUCGCACUUAUUUACGUUUAACCGAACAAGAAUUUACUAAACUACCUUUGGAUAUUGUUGUUCAAAUUGUGGUCAGUUUAAUCGUUGUCAUUUACAAUCUCAUCCAAAUUGUGGGUAAUUUUAAGGAAAUUCGUGCCACCGUUGAUAUGCAAGCCAAAUCCUGGGAUACUUUCGGUAACUUUCCCUCAUUUUAUUCAUUUAAUCAUAGAGGUAAAGCCUUAUCACCAAAUUACAUGCCCGAAGAGGAAGCUGAAGGUAAAUCGAAAUUGGAUUUAAAUUCAUAAAUGUUUAAAUAAAUUUCUAUGUAAUUUACAAGAUAAGUAAUUGUAAUUCCUUUUUUUGUGUGGUUUUUAAAUAGAUGAUCUUUAAUUAUGUGUAUUUAUCAUAAAGAAACUAAAAAGUAAAUUGUAUUAAAACAAGCACAAAUCUUUAAUUAUCUUCAAACACAAUGUCGACCACAGGCGAUGAAGCGGAACGUAUAUAUUUUUUAAUAAAUUUUUACAUUGAAAAUUGGAUAAAUAUUUAA